AUGUCGUUCGUCGGGUCGUCAGGUUUUUCUGUCCAAGGAGGCGCCCAUAAUUACGUUCAAGGGGACCAAAUCUACGGAAACCAGAUCAACAACAACACGACCAUUCAGAUUAUCAGUCAAAGAAACAAGAAACGUACGAAAUACGACGAGUACCACGAAAUCAAACGUGGCGAUAUCUACCUGCUGAAAGACCUGCACUCCGCGAUGUACCCCGGGCGAUGGAACGGAGAUCGACGGGAAUGGAUCAUGGACUUCCAAGCCGAGAGGGCGUUCUGCACCGCAGAGAUUCGUCGUCUGUCAACCACGUCAAGGUUCACAGCGGUGUCCUAUAGCGGACCUGACUUAAGAAAGGUGCGUAGUGGCAAUUUGGUUCGAAUCGUGCUCGCAUGCUCAACGUUAUCCCUAAGGCAUGGAGAAAAGACUUUCAACGAUUCUUCCAAAGUCGGUGCGUCAGUGACAGGCUUUUCAUAA